AGAACCAGCCAUGGACGCCCCGCAGCUCGACCUCCUGGAGUCCCCGGAGGGCUGCCCCUCCCCCCUGGAGCUGAGGUCCGCCCCCAGUAAGAAGAUGUGGGUCAAGCUCCGGGCACUGCUGCGGUACAUGGUGAAACAGCUGGAGACGGGAGAAGUGGACAUUGUGGAACUGAAGAAGAACUUGGAAUAUACCGCUUCGUUGCUUGAAGCUGUCUACAUCGAUGAGACCAGGCAGAUUCUGGACACGGAAGAUGAGCUCCAGGAGAUCAAGUCAGAUGCAGUGCCCUCUGAGGUGCGGGACUGGCUGGCCUCCACUUUCACCCAGCAGACGCGCGCUAAGGGACGCCGCUCGGAGGAGAAGCCCAAGUUCCGCAGCAUUGUCCACGCGGUGCAAGCUGGCAUCUUUGUGGAAAGGAUGUUCCGCCGGACGUACACCGCUGUGGGGCCCAACUAUUCCCUAUCGGUCAUCAACUGCCUGAAGACUCUUGACCUCUGGUGUUUUGACGUGUUUGCGCUGAAUAGGGUGAGCGAGGACCACGCUUUGCGAACAAUCGUCUUCGAACUGCUCACCCGCCACAACCUGAACAGCCGCUUCAAGAUUCCCACCGUGUACCUCAUGACCUUACUAGAUGCGCUGGAGGCCGGCUAUGGGAAGUACAAGAACCCUUACCACAACCAGAUCCACGCCGCUGACGUCACCCAGACCGUACACUGCUUCUUGCUUCGUACUGGCAUGGUGCACUGCCUGACAGAGAUUGAGAUCCUGGCCAUCAUCUUUGCAGCUGCAAUCCAUGACUAUGAGCACACGGGUACCACCAAUAGCUUCCACAUCCAAACCAAGUCCGAUACGGCCAUUUUGUACAAUGACCGCUCUGUGCUGGAGAAUCACCAUAUCAGCGCCGUCUUCCGCAUGAUGCAGGACGAUGAGAUGAACGUCCUCGUCAACCUGAACAAGGAUGAGUUCAUGGAACUCCGGUCGCUCGUGAUCGAAAUGGUCCUGGCGACGGACAUGUCCUGCCACUUCCAGCAGGUCAAGUCUGUGAAAACCUCCCUGCAGCAGCUUGAGCGGUAA